CUAUCGUCGUAAGGUUGGGUGCGAGACUAGAUAGGUGAUGGGAUGCAAAUGAGUGAGGUCUGAUAGGGUCUAGAUAGCGCGUUCGGUCAUCAUUGGAUUCACCGUAAUGUGUAAAGGUUUCCGAGGUGGUAAUGGUAGCAAAGCAAUUAAAGGAUGGAUGAAUGUCCGGUCAGGUCACGGUUAGCAAAUGGCAUGGGUAGUUGUGGAAUCGAAGACAAUUGGUCCAGAAAUGGCAGCAAGCUCGUUAUGUAGGAUCUGUAUCUUAGAUAAGUUGAAGCUUAAGCUUACACGUGUAUCUUGAACAGAUGGGAUAUGCUACAUAGUUAGAGAGACGCCUGCGGAUGGUAGGUCGAGACGUAAUACGCUCAUGUUGCUGUUCAAUAUGGUUGGCUGAUAAGACUAUCUGGUUAGCAAGUAAGAUGACAGUAUUGUGAUUGUUGAGCACGACCUGCAUUGCAGAUGCAAUUCUACCAUGCUGUCAGGCAAGCAGUGUAAUAGCAAGUUUAGUAGUGUAGUAUCGUGUGUCAAAAUCUACAUAGUAGAAAUCUGUUCGCAUUUUAUCAACAACUCUGGUGAUUGGAACCUGGUCUUAGACCUCCAACCUCGCAGUUGAAGAGCAACUGCCGGGUUUCCGGUUGGAUUUGAGAUGGGGCGAAUCUGGAGUCACUCUAUAACGCAACAAACUGCAGAAAAAACCAUCAGCGGAUGCAUUCGGAUGCAGAUGUACAAUUCCCUCAAGCUCGGACCUUUUGCCUCGAAAUUGUCGACAGCUUCUGUCCGUUCUUCAGACAGACCGAAGCCCCACUAUGGGCAAAGCAUCAUUUCAUCUCAUCACGGCGACUCCGUAUGCUGUGCCAGUCGAGAAGUAAACGUAGUAACCUCCCAAGUUGCACACAUCUGUACACAUCCGGCUCUUCGGUUCGGCGUAUUUCCGGCCCAGCUGACCCAAGUGGUCUGACGAGAAUUCCAACAUGUCCACUCCCUAACCGAGCAUGUCCAAGAUUCUGGGCGAAUCAAUAUGCUGACGCCUUAUCAAGCGCCCAAACAUCCAGUCCUAUGCGCUGCAGCUGUGGGCUCGAGACGAUGCUAAGCCGUCAAGCAUGGAACGAGCGUCCCGGACAGACAGCCAAGUCCAACGGGCUCAUGGCACCAUGCCCCAUCGUUGCUAAUGCAGAGUGGCCAGUUCGUUUAUCACCGAGUGGCCCAGGAUGACAGAUGAGUUGCGAGAUGGAGGGAUUCAUAUAUAAGCAAGACCUGCAUUUUCCCAGUCGGGAAUGACGAUGACGUCUUGCAGGAAGAGAAGGAUUUGCGGAGACGGUGUAUCUGAUGUGCUGGCUAAUCAGCAGCUCCAACACACCGGUAUGGUCCAAUCCGAUAUCCAACGCGCGCGACUUUUUCUGACGCCAUGCCUAUUCGAGUCAAAGCGGCCGGCCCCUCAGGCGCAUCUGGGCGCAUGGAGAAAUCUACCAGAAGAUUCAGCGAAGAGGUCUGUGAUCUGGAAUCCACCCAUGGCUUCAGCCAGGCCCGCUGUUCGAGGACCUUGGCCCCAACAGUGGUCGUUCCUUCUGGACCGACUUCGAUUGUCCCGUCGGCACGAUUAGGGUAAAUCCAAUCCCCCGGCAAGAAUCAGGUGGACCCACUGGCCGCCUUCUGAUCGCGGUACCCAACGGUGAGGCCGGUUACCUUCCGCCGGCCGAGAUGUAGAGGGAACUAGUAUAGUAGUAUCUCGAUUCUAGCUAGCCCUGGUCCAUUCCAGCUGACGCUCGAGGAUUACUCAC